AUGGAGGGACCUGUAUGGAGACGGUGGCUGAGAGUGUACGUGUGGGGUGGAGCGAUCAUUGGCAGCGGCGUGCUUCUGUUCAAGUACUCGACCCCGUCGGACGAAAAGUUGAUAGAGUCGUUUUCCCCUGAGGUGCGGCGGCGGUACGAGGAGGGCCGACAGUUACGGCAGGAGGAGCAGAGGCAGCUGAUGAAGAUCGUCAGGGAGACAGCGAACAGCUCGGACCCGAUCUGGAAGACGGGGCCCAUACAGUCGCCCUUCGAGCGCCGCAACAACAACAACAACACCGCGGGGUCGCAGGACAUCUUUGACGAGUUCCAUAGGCGGCAGGGGGAGGAUGACAAGCGCGGGGACCUCGAGAGGAUGCAGAACAGCCUACUGGAGAUCCGCAGGCAGAACGCGGCGGACCAGCCGAAGAAACACUGGUGGAAACCCUGGUAG